AUGGCCCCACUUAGGCCCCACUUCGGCCCCGUUGCCACCGCGGCCCCGCCCACCCUUGCGGCCCGCCGCCACCUGCGACCUUGCCACCACCUGAGACCCCGCCUCCCAGCGCCCGCAACGCCGACUAGCCGAACCGCCGGCCACCUGAGCCGCCCGACCUCCCGAGCCGCCCGGCAGCCGAGCCGCCAGACAGCCGAGCCGCCCAGCACCGUGCAGCCGAGCCGCCCAGCAGCCGAGCCGCCCGACAGCCGAGCCGCCCAGCCACCCAGCAGCCGAGCCGCCCAGCAGCCGAGCCGCCCUGUAGCCGAGUCGCCCGACAGCCGAGCCGCCGAGCAGCCCGAUCGCUCCACCUACCUGGGUCGGGCAGUGGACUUUGAGGUCUGGGUAGAUGAUCUGCAGCUUUUCCUGCAGUGCGAUAGGGGAGACGGUCUCUCCCUGUUUGACCUCACUUCUGGUGCCUCCCCUGCCCCUGCUGCUGAUGCUGACGCCACUGUUCGCUCACAGUGGGCCACACAUGACGCUGCUGCUCGCCUUGCUGUGCGCCGCCACUUACCGACCACUGAGCGUGCACACUUUAGCCAGUACAAGAGUGCUCAGACCUUGUACGACGCUGUAGUUGCACGCUACUCUUCCCCUGCCACUGCUGCACUGAGCCGCCUCAUGCUACCGUACCUCUUCCCUGACCUUACUGCCUUUCCCACUGUCGCUGACCUCAUUACGCACCUCCGCACUAGUGACACUCGCUACCGCGCUGCGCUUCCUGCUGAGUUCUGCGCCAAGAACCCCCCCCCCCCAUGUACAUCACCCUCGACUACAUAG